AUGGUGCCGCCACCUGGUUUGACUGCGCAGUGGGAGACGAUAUCACAGCUCCCUUCCAAUAUGAGGAGUGCAUUCACCCGUGUCAAGGUCUCAAACCUUGUCAAAAGGUUGAAGCACCAGGAAGUGCAGUACGUCUUUGAGCGUCAUGUUGGCCCCGUCGUUCAAUGUACGCUUACCGAAGAUUGUGCCAGCAUCGCCUUUGUAAGCCCCGAGUACGCUCAGGCCGCCAUCGAGCAAUACGAUGGUGGUCUUUUGGAGGUUAGCACAGACAAGAGUGUACCAGGACAAGAUAGCCUUUGCUUGUACCCAAAAGAUUCAAGCUUUCGCCGCACCCUGGAAGAUCGUCUCGGACCACUUUCUCAAUGCCACCUGCGUCGAGGAGAGGGAUGGAUCACGCUUUUCCGUGGUGCGAUUACAAAGCAGCUCAAAAGGGAAGAAGCCCUAAACCAGAUCGACUUCAAGGGUAGCGUCAUCGGUAUUUCGUUGGAGGUCGGUGGCCCAGUUCCUGGGCCAAUGGAGGGAGUCGUAGUGGGGGCUCCGGUCGUUCUUUGA